CCCGACGUGACCUCGCCCAAGGACUGCAUCUCGCCCAAGUCGCCGCCCAACAGUCCCAAUCCGGAGUUUGCCACCGAUCUGGAGGAGCUGCGCGACUACUACCUGAAUAAGGAGGACUCGCUCGGCCUGGAGAAGAACACGGACUGGGUGUGGGACUGGAGCAGUCGGCCGGACCUCACGCCGCCCAAAGACUGGCGGUUCCGGCACCCCACUCUGGCCAAGCGCGCCCUCAGCAUCCGGAACGCCAAAGUGGGCAACACGGGCAUCUUCUCGCGUGGUGUGCUCUGCACCUUCAUAGUCACCAACAUCCUGUCCCUGCUGCUGGGCGCCGGGCUCGGGUACUGGAUGAGCAAGAAGACGGUGGUGCUGCAGCUGGUCUCCCUCGACUAGGUGGACUCGGGGGCCGCGCGUGACGACGCCGGCCCAUGUGAUAUGUGGACGUGACUCGAUAGCGGAGGGGCGCGCCGCCGGCCGGGUCAGCCGACCGCGCCAGCUGAGGCGGUCACGGGGCCGGCCACCCGCGCCGCCGAGCCGGGCUCCGUGGCGGACACCGGCCCAGCCGGGCCCCGCAGCGCCGCUAGUGCCGUGCCGACCACGCGAUGGGACUCUGUCCCGGAGCCCGGCUCCGGGCGGGGCGCCGACGCGACGUAGCAGGACCUAGCCCGGCUCGGCUCGGCUCGAACGGUCCACGUGUCCAGCGGUGGCAGCCACCGAGCGCGUGACCGGCCGCGCCGAGCCCGGCUCGGCGGCGGGAUGCGUCCUGAUGUGUGUCGACUGGGGCCGUGACCGGCGCCCCGGCUCGCGGAUGCGCGGAGCGUCGCCACGCCGCCCGCCCGCCCGCCCGCGCGCGCCGCCGCCCGACGCCAACGCUAGGUAGACGCCAACGCAUCUGGUAAAUCAGGACGUCCGAGCACGUUCGGAUAGUACUGGCCGUUAGGGGCGUUUCGUUAUGUUCUAGCUUUUCAGAGCGGAGCUAUUUGAAUUUCUGGAACCCAGCGCAUGCGUGUAUAUUUUUGUAUUAUUUCUACACGUUUGUAAUUCUCUAGCCAACAUUCGCAUCAUGCGGUUAUCAAUGUUACUAAUACUGACCACUUCUCUGAGGACAAAAAUUGCAUGCGUACUUCUGGUGUUGUCUCCAAUUCAAAUCAAUUUUGGAACUAUAGUGUAAUAAAUGUGCAAUUCAUUAUCUUCGUGCAGGCAACUGCCCUAUUUCAUAUCUGCGCUGUUUCAACAACCUAAAUUGCGCCUUGCGUACUAUUUUUCUACUAGUAAAUUGCGUCUCCCCUUUUGCUGAUGAGACGUGGAUUACCCUUGACAGAGCUUCGACUAGCCAAUGCCUUUCCUCCAGUGUCCCCACCACUCUGCGCGUGACCGAAGUGAGGGCUGCUGGGGACUCGUCUGCGCAUAGAUUAAAUCAGCUCUCACAACAGGCAGACUUAUGCCCACUGCUCUGAGGAGACUGUCCGUCUCUGCUCGCCAGAAGCACCCGCCCGGUACUAGCCGAGCCGACCCAGUGCCGUUCUCGGCGCAGGUGGGCCGCGGUGCGCCACGCGCCAGGCACCGACGAAGGCCGAGCUUCUGUCCUCGACAAGCCUAUCCUAAAGCGUUCGCUAACCCGUUAACCCAUCUUCAGUUUCAGGCCGUUUCUUGGUAAGAUCGCUUUAAUUAGGUGUAGUGUCUGUGAUGCGUCUUGUGCGUAGUUAUAGUUAAAAGUUAAUCCAAUAAAGGCUUGUUAUGUUGCCGCUU